CAGAUAUACCCGUAUAUAUUCUACGUAAUGAUGUUUUCGAUUCAUUUCGAGUGCGAACGAAUUUUUUAAUUACGGUGAUUUCGGUGCUUCCAAAAAACUGACUGUAUAUUUGAACCCGUUACUGAUUUUCGGAGGUGUAAAAAAGCCAUCUUGGUCCCUAAAUUUUCGACACAGAUGGCAUGAACGGUAAAAUCUGUCUAGCAGAUUUCUCGUCGUAAAACCCUUGUUUGCUCGGUGCUGAUGUACAAGGUGAUCCGUCACAACGUAUCGUUAAUAGUGUUUCUUCGACGUAAAGCGCGCUAUUUUUUUGCGCUGCAGGAAAAAUGACGAAAAAGCUAUGGUUCAUAUUUGUAAUGACGACGUACGUCAUAAGAACGGAAACGGUGGAACCCACAGAGUAUUUGGAUUACCCGAAACCGCCUCAAUCGGAAGCGGUUGAAAAUUUGGUGGGCCGUAUUAACGGAUCUGUGACGUUCCAAUGUCCAGAAACGGAAAACAUCGAAUGGAAAUUGCUGGAAAACAAAAACAAAACUUUGUCGGUUUACGAGAUACUAGAAAUUCGAAAUUUAACUGCCGCCGAUAAAGGAACCUACGCGUGCUAUUCUAAGGGCCGAAAAGUGAAAACCUACGAACUAGACGUGUACGAAUUCCCGUAUUUCUUAAAGAAGAUGCAAAAACUGGUCAUAAAACCCGCUGGGAAUAUGGCGGCUUUGAAAUGUAAAGCCAACGGCAACCCCACCCCCAAUAUAACGUGGUACAAAGACGACGAACCGCCAAAACGUGAACUUGGCGAAGUUAAAAUCAACCAUUGGUCUUUAACGUUAGAAGAUUUGGUAACCGACGAUAAAGGCAAUUACACGUGCGUGGUUUGCAACGUGUUGGGCUGUAUCAACUUUACGUAUAACGUAGACGUCGUGGAACGAUUCCCCUCAAAACCGUAUAUAAAAGACGGAUAUCCUCAAAAUUUGACCAUAAUGGUCAACAGCACGGCCAUUUUCGAGUGUCCCCAAGUCAUUGCCGAUUUGGAACCCUACAUUCAAUGGAUACGAAUACCGAUAAACGCCACCGAUAUGAAAGACGAAAGUCCCGAUGGUGUAAUAGUACAGAAAAGCGGCAAUACCCUGACGCCGGAAAUUUACGAAAUAACGAACGUAAGUCACGACGAUGAGGGCUGGUACGCGUGCCUAGCUGCCAACAGCCUAGGCCGGACUAUAUCUACAGCCUAUCUCCACGUAAUAGACGAAGAACCUCCCGAUCCGAAAGAAUUGAAAAAUGUCGCCAUGAAGGUCGCAGUAAUAGUGACCGUCGUAAUAGUAUUCGUCAUGUUCGUAAUCGUCUUCAUUUGUCUAUACUACCGUCAAAAAAUCAAAAGGGAAAAGAGGGAGAAAAUGAUAGCGGUAGAAACCGCUCGAGCUGCCAUCAUAACGCACUGGACGAAAAAAGUGAUUAUCGAAAAAAUGAACACGACGUCUGACGCUUCGGAACCACUGUUGAUGCCGGUGGUAAAAAUCGAAAAACAAAAGGCCCAAGCGACGAACGACGGGAUGAUCUCCGAAUACGAACUUCCGAUGGAUUCCGAUUGGGAAAUACCCAGAGACAAGCUGCAUUUGGGCAAAACCCUAGGCGAAGGGGCAUUCGGAAAAGUUGUCAAAGCAGAAGCCCUAAAUCUGUUAAAGCCCGAUAACAAGUGUGUCGUUGCAGUUAAAAUGCUAAAAGAAGGGAACAGCGACAACGAGAUGAUGGACUUGGUGUCCGAAAUGGAAAUGAUGAAAAUGAUCGGCAAGCACAUCAAUAUAAUUAAUUUGAUCGGAUGCUGUACUCAAGGCGGACCACUAUACGUGGUCGUUGAGUACGCGCUCUACGGAAACCUCAGGGACUUUUUGAGGCAACACAGACCCUCGUCUGGAUACGAAGUGGCCGUCGGUGCCGAACAGAAGGAAAAAAAAACUUUAACCCAAAAGGAUUUGGUUUCUUUCGCCUACCAAGUAGCUCGAGGCAUGGACUACUUGUCAUCCAGAAGGUGUAUCCACAGGGACCUAGCCGCCAGGAACGUCCUAGUGAGCGACGAUUACGUUCUAAAGAUUGCCGAUUUUGGGUUAGCAAGGGACAUCAAUUGCCACGACUAUUACAGAAAAACCACAGACGGCAGACUGCCGGUCAAGUGGAUGGCACCGGAAGCGCUGUUUCACAGGCUAUACACCACUCAAUCCGACGUUUGGUCCUAUGGCAUUUUGUUAUGGGAAAUAAUGACUCUCGGAGGCACCCCGUAUCCGUCAGUUCCCAACGUGGAAAAGCUCUACCAACUAUUGCGCAACGGUCAUCGAAUGGAAAAACCACCCUGUUGUUCGCUGGAAAUCUACAUGUUAAUGCGCGAGUGUUGGAACUAUCAGCCCAGAGAACGGCCGGUGUUUUCCGAAUUGGUAGAAGAUUUGGACAGGAUUUUAACGAUCACGGCGAAUGAGGAAUAUCUGGACUUGGGUCUUCCGCAACUCGACACGCCUCCUUCGAGUCAAGAGUCCAGUUGCGACGAAGACUUUCCAUUCCCACAAUAAUGUCAAAAACUAGUCAUUUUUACAGCAGCUUCUUGUGAUUUACCGCGUUUUAUGUUAAUAUUUAUCAGACUCGAACGUAUCAGCUGCGAAACCGUAGAUUGAAUUGUUGGAAGUAGAAACGUGUAUGUUCAAUGAACAAAAGGAAUAUAUAUAUAUAUAUAUAUAUAUAUAUAUAUAUAUAU